AUGAUGACCAUACGGCUCUCUCCUGUGUGGGAUGAAGCGAUCGAAGCGAUGAAGGCUAUUGCUACUACCAAGACUGCAGACGACGUCAUCUCAAGCCUUGCGUUUGAGUGGCUUGAUGUUCCUUCGCCCAAAUGGGAGGGUCGUUCGAAUGAGGUAGUUGGUACCAAGAGAUACGGACUAACUGAUUUUGAAUGCCAAAAUUUCGACCGAUUGCGAGACGUGGCCAAAGAAACUACUCGACUUAUUGACGAUCCUACCGAUGUUAUGCUCCAGACAUUCGAGGACAGGCAGGAAAUCGUGCUGGCCCGGCCCGAGAACGCGAGACACAAGGCUCUCAAAAUUCUCACAGCCAUCCCGGCAGUUGCGGAGAAACGAUCUCGCAAGCUGGUGCCCUAUCUCUUCGCUGUGAGUGAUAGCGGAGACGCAUUCGCGGAUGAAGAAGACGGAGAGGAGACGAUCCAACAAGAAGCUUGGUUUUUGACAGACAAGAAGGCUCUUAUUGGUGUUUUCGCUCAGUUUAUCAAUCCCAAGGUUUUGUAUCAGAGCUCGAGAGUGUAUAAUGCUCUGCUGACCUUCAUGGCAAAUCGCGACAUCGAAGUUCAGAAGCUUGCUCUUAAAGCAAUCCUGACCUGGAAGCUCGACGGCAUCAAACCAUACCAAGAGCAUCUAGAGUAUCUCUUAGACGAAGCAAGAUUCAAAAACGAACUCACUGUUCUGUUCCAAGGAGAUCAGAAGAUUCAGCCGGAGCAUCGUGCUGAGUUGAUGCCUGUUUUGCUCAGACUUCUUUACGGGCGGGCAAUUUCAAAGAAAGGAGCAGCAAGUGGACGAAAUGGGUUGCAUGCAACACGACUCGCUGUCAUCCGUAACCUGUCCGUGGAAGAUCUUGGCGGGUUUAUCGAGAUCGCUCUGGGAGAUCUUUGGCAAAUCCGCAUCGUCGACGAUUCCGGCCUUCAAGAAACCGCAUUCAAGAACGAGGUUGUAUCGGCCCGCAAACAGGUUGGUGUGCUGAACAUGACCGAGUCUAUUAUCAAUGAGCUGGGCACAGACGUCUCGGUUUACAUGGAACCCUUGGUCAAUGCGGUUCUAUACUGCCUCAUUUCAACAUGCCGCAAGUUGCAAGCGACCAAUGAGGAUAACGAUGAAGAGGAUGGCGAGCGUAGCGAAAACUCUCUCUUGAAAGUAGCAAGAACAACAUCGUUGAAAUGUCUGUGUGCAUUGUUCAGAAACAAUACUUCGUUCGACUGGACACCCUACCGGGAACACAUGGUCUCGGAAGCAAUCAGUCCUCGAAUUGAGAAACUCGCGUUAGAGACAACACAAGGUGUGUCGUGGACCUGGAGAAUCCUGGAGACGUGGUCACUGCUACCGCGGAAUGCACUCUUUCUCUCGCUUGAUCAGCGAAUCAUCCCUGAGAUCACCAAGUCACUUUCCAUCGAGAAGGGCAAAGACGAGCCUAAGAUCUUUGCUCUGGGAAUCAUCAGAAACCUAGUGAAGCUUGCACAAGCCCCAGCUGCCGAGUCAGAAUUCAACGAACUUAUUCAAGCAGAAUUGUUGGAUCCAAACAUCGAUGGAAUUCUUGGCGCGAUAAGCCAUGUACUCCGCGAACAACAUGAUAUUGGUCGCAACCUCCUGGAGGCCUGCGUAGAUACUGUGGUGGAGCUCUCGCCAUUGGUGAAGGAAUCUAAGAAUGUGGAGAAUCUGCUUGAUAUUUCCACAUAUCUGCUGCAACAACCUCUCCGAAGAGUCAAUCCAAAGGUGAAAGGCUCAAUCCUCCUUAUUCUCGAGCACUUCAUCGUUCUAGAUGAUUUACAGCGCAAUAUUGAGCUGAAGCAGACCGUCUACCAUACAUUAGCGUCCUUGUUCAGUUUCUUCAAGGAUAAGCAGAACAGAGAGUCACUCUCACGAGUAUUAAUCGUGUUUGCGGCUCAGGAGACGUCGCUGCAGGAGGUUGCGAAACUUUGUGCAGACUUGAACUCAUAUGUGGAAGGCAGGUUAGAUGAGCCGGACUACGACAAGCGUCUUGCUGCUUUCAGAAGCAUCACUCGCGAGCGCGAGGUCCAGCUCACUGUUGAGCAAUGGCUACCAUUGUUGAACAAUAUGGUGUUCUUCCUUCGUCAAGAUGAAGAAUUUGGUAUUCUGUCGACCAACGCAGCCGAUGUUUUGUGCACAUUUGUGAAUGCUGCGGUUUCUGCCUGGGAUCUGCCAUCAAAAUCCCCAUAUGUCACACAACUUUCUGAUGUGAUCCUGCCAGCAAUCUAUGCCGGCGUUCGUGAGCCAUCAGAGGCUGUUCGACGCGAGGUAUUGAGACUCCUCGGUCACCUGGUCACUCAACUGGGAGUUUGGGAACCAUUGAGUGAUCUCACUUCACUAGCGCCGGCGAAAGACGAGGAGUCAGACAAGGCAUUCUUCUUCAACAUCCUCACACCGGCUGUCUCUAGACAAGUUCAGGCACUUCAACUUCUUGUAUCAGUGAAUGAACGCUCGCCGUUCAGCAGCAAGAAUGUCAGUCAGAUAUUCAUUCCACUGUUAGAGCACUUCAUCUUCGGACGUGAGGAGGGUAGCGAUGAUCAAGGACUAGGAGCUCAGGCAACUAGCACUAUUGCUAGCCUGUCUGUGUCUCUCGAUUGGUCUCAAUACAGGGCUAUCCUGCGACGAUACAUCGGCUUCCUCGAAUCAAAACCAGAGUUGCAGAAGCAAGUGAUACGACUCCUGGACAAAGUCGCUGAUUCGCUUGUUUUUGCCAAAGAGCAUGGCACCGAAACAAAAAUGGAUCUCGAUCAGUCAGAGUCUGGCCAAGUCAAGUACCGCUUGGCGACUACUCUCCCUAACGAGACAAAGAUUGGAGAGGAAGUUUCCAACAACUUUCUGCCGUUGAUGUUGAAACACCUACACGACAAAGACGAAGAAACUGUCAGCGCCAGAGUUCCCGUCGCUGUGAUUAUAGUCAAACUUCUGACGAUUCUACCCGAGAACAUGCUCAAUACAAAAUUACCCGGAGUUCUGACUGAUAUAUGCCAUAUUCUGCGGUCGAAGGCCUGGGAGUCUCGAGAAAUGUCCAGAAGCACUUUGGCCAAAAUUGCGUGCAUACUUGGACCUGGCUCUUUUGGUUUCAUUCUGAAGGAGCUUCGAGGAGCUCUGACCAAGGGCUACCAACUUCACGUGCUUUCAUAUUCUCUUCAUACACUUCUCCUCGCCGUGAUACCGGAAUUUGCUCCAGGUGAGCUCGACUAUUGUCUUGAUUCAAUCAUGGCCAUAAUUAUGGACGACAUCUUUGGUGCUACGGGCCAAGAGAAGGAUGCCGAAGAAUACGUGUCUAAGAUGAAAGAAGUCAAGAGCAGCAAAAGUCAGGACUCGAUGGAGCUGAUCGCCAAGAAUGCAUCUGUCAACCAGCUCGCCAGCCUAAUCAGGCCCCUACAGUCUCUCUUGUCCGAGAAGCUAGACGUGCGGACUGUUCGCAAGAUCGAUGAGCUACUGAAUAGGAUCUCGUCUGGUAUCCUACAGAACAGAUCUGCUGAGAGCCGAGACACUCUGGUGUUCUGUUAUGAGGUUAUUCAGGACGUUUACAAGGCCCAAAAGCCUCGAGCAGAAGCCCAAAUUGACCCAAGAGUCAAACGAUAUUUGGUUCAAAAAUGGGUUCGCAAUACUACCAAAGGCGAAAAGUAUACACACAAGCUCAUCCGAUUCUCAAUCGAUGUCCUUCGCUCUGUGCUCCGGAAGCAUGACAGUCUAAGGAACGCAGCUAAUGUCAGUGGCUUCCUGCCCAUACUCGGUGAUGCGGUCGUUGCUGGUGAAGAAGAGGUCAAGGUCGCCGCCUUCAAGCUUCUCGUCGUCUUGAUCAAGGUCCCAUUCAAAACGACUGAGUCAGCCGAUCUCUACAAAGUCGCCUUCAAAGAAGCGCUCAAGUCGAUUUCAAUAUCCAUCACAACUACGAGCGAUAUUGCGCAAACAGCCUUAAAGCUCUGCUCCCAAGUUAUCAGAGACCGCCGAGAGAUACCUAUCAAGGAUGCCGCAGUCGACAUGCUGCUGGGGAAGCUGAAGGAUGACCUCACACAACCGCUUUACAGACAUGUCACCUUUAACUUUCUGAGAUCAGUCCUUGACCGUAAGGUCGAGACCGCAACUGUAUACGACACUCUUGACUACGUUGGCACGAUUAUGAUUACGAAUGAUGAUAAAGAUACCCGUGAUCUAGCGCGAGGAGCGUACUUUCAGUAUCUCCGAGAAUAUCCACAGCAGAAAAAACGGUGGACAAAGACCAAGGAGUUCGUGGUUGCCAACCUCAAGUAUCAGCGAGAAGGGGGUCGUCUGUCGGUUAUGGAGAUCAUACAUCUUCUGCUCAUGAAGACUGCGGACGAUUUUGUCCAGGAAGUGGUCGCCACCUGCUUCAUUCCGUUGGUCUUUGUCCUGGCGAACGAUGAAAGCGAGCGUUGUCGCCUUGCCGCAGGCGAGCUGAUCAAGGAGAUAUUCAGGAAGGCUGAUAAGGAGCGUUUGCAGAAGUUCCUCACACUCCUGAGAUCUUGGAUCAGCCAAGAUGAGAAUGCCGCGGUGCUCAAACUCGCUUUGGAGGCCUUUUCAUUCUACUUCGCUGCAAAAGAGGAAAGCGUCAAAGAUAAAAGGGAUAUAGAGCUCGUCAUCAAGAAAAUCACUGGAGUGCUGGGUGAAACGCAGUCUGACUGGGAACUCUCGAAUACUGGCCUCAGAGUUGUACAAACUCUCCUAGGCAACUUCCCAGCAAAAAUAUUGUCUCAGGACUCGCAAGAGUUAUGGACUGUCGUCAUCUCUUCGUUGGCGCAUCCUAGGGAAGAGGUCGUGCUCAGUUCUAUAAAGCUUUUAGGCUUGUAUCUCGCCGAUUUUGCCAGCAACGCGGCGAGCGGCUCAGAAGCCCAGACUUUGAAGGGCUCCUAUGGCCUUACCUUAGACCAGGACCAGACCACACAACUCGUCCGUCACAUGCUUGAUGUUUUGUCAGGCCUUGAAGUUGAAGAGGGGUUAGCGGCUGAGGCUGCUCGAAUUCUUCUUUUCCUUGGCGCUUUUCUCGAUUCAGAUGUCGACGCUUCCGACUUAGAAGAGCGUGACGAAGAUGAUGAUUUCUUCAAGGACGAGGAAGUCGAUGUUACCAUGGGAUACGUGUUCUCUAAACUAUCGGCCAUUGUGAGAAGAGAGACGCCACCACGAGCGUCGGCUUUGGUUGGCAAGCUAGCUGCGAUCGAAGCGCUCGAGGCAUUCUGCAUCAAAGCAACCAAGGAGGACAUCAAGGCCUCUGUCCGGACGAUCCUCAGGCCAUUACGCCACCUCACAGAUCCUUCCAUUCGCCCCCCUUACGUCCUUGAUGAGACCUUCAAGUCUCGAUACGAGUCUCUUAAGACUAAAGCACAGUCUAUUAUGGAGCUACUGCAGCAGAAGCUGGGAGCCUCAGACUACACAAAGGACCUCCUCGCAGUAGGCGAAGAGAUCAAAGAUAGGAGACAGCAACGCUCAAGUAAGCGCAAGAUCGAAGCAAUCACCCAGCCUGAGAAGUUCGGCAGGGAGAAGAGGAAGAAGAUGGAUAAGAAGAAAGAGAGGAAGAAGGCCAAGGGCCAAGAACACCGAAAUCACAGAAGAGGCUACUGA